CUAAUCUAGGAGAGGUAGCAGCAAAGGUGAUGUAUACUCUCAUGCCAUUCACUUAAGAUCAUUUGUUUCCGCAUUAUUUUCAUGGUGUCGUUCUGUUAUGUUACAGUGUUCAUUUAGUGGAACUUCGACUACAAACACAAUGGUUGGCGCUAUUUCAGUAACCCACCCAGCAACCACCAUUUUAACAUCUCGGACAUAUAGUCGAAAACCUGGUUUCUUUGGUGGAUUUGGUUUUGCUCCAACUGCAUAUUCUCUUCCUAGCAUAAUGUGGCUAAUAAUUAAGAAGCCAAAGAGAUUCAGCACCAACUGGUUCAUCAAUUGGGGUUCAAUUUACAUAGGAGUGUGUAUUAUGGUGGCAUCCACAGUUGGUGGCUUAAGGAACAUUAUUGCUGAUUCAUCCACUUACAGUUUCUAUACCUAAACUACACGAUGUUGCAAUUAUCUCAAACUUUACCCAAUGUCUUUACUUUUUUUAGUAGUAUGAUGAAUCAUAGUUAUUGUAUGAUUAAUUAUAAAAAAUAAUAGCUCACAUAAAGUAGCACAAUGUUGAAUUGCAUGGUGUAUACUAUUAAAUUUUAAUUGCAAUUUUAGUCCUUCCUACUAUUUCACUUUGUAAGAAUAGUCUCUAUUUUUUGUUUUAUAAUGAAACUCAACCGUAAAUACGAAGGUUUAAACUCCAGUGAUGACGUUCAAUCUAACGAUAUUAACUUUUGUGUUUGUUGAGUUAGGAUUUGUCAACAAAACAGUCCCAGAUUGGCUUAUGUGGCUUCUUCAUGAAAAGCUUGGAGUUUCAGAUUACAAUAAUGCGCUGAAGGUUGGUUAUGUUCCUGAAGCUGACUCAUAUCCAUCAUGGCUAAUCUCUCAACCUUACUCUCAUCUUUUACCUUCAGUUGUUGCACCAGGAACUCCAAUUGCUUGUUUAAAGGAGGAACUUAGAAAUAAAUUUGUUGCAAAACCUCUAGUUGUGGAUGGCACUGCAAAGUCACAUGAACUAUAUCUUGCUUAUGACGAGUUCUCUCUUUCAGAGCUUGAACCUCCUCUGGUUCUACAAGAGUUUGUGAAUCAUGGUGUGUAAUCUGAUUCAUAGUCCACUAUCAGUCUGUAUGUUGGAAAGGAUAACUCAGCAUUAAAAGUAAAUGACGUGAGUAUUAUUCAAAAGACUAACGUAGAGAAAGCGGAAUCUCAUACAAAUUACAAUUGUUAAUUUCUUUUAUGUGUAUGAUUUUAUAGUACUUGAAAUAUUAUGACUGCACAUGAUUUUGUAUACCUUUUGGUUAAUAUUAAAAAUAUUUUGACUUAGUUAAAAUAUGAUUUUUAUGUGUAUGAUUUUAUAGUAUUUGCAAUAUUAUGACUGAAAAUGAAAUAUAACUAAAUGGUGUAUAUAAAAUAGGGUGUAAAUAGAUAUAAUUGUUCAU